UUAAAACUACAGAAAUGGCAAAAAAAAAUAUUGAAGAGCGAGCACAAGCGUCACAGAAAAUGACAAAGAUGUCACAGGCUGUGUCACAAUCCGCUCAAUAACUGUUUUAAAUUUACUCAUUCCUCAAAACGGAUUGCGUCUAUUUACUCAACAGGCAUUCCCCCCACUCGACGGAUUAGCUCACGAAGUUCAUUAAAGCCCGAAGAAUCUCAGUGCGAAAUUAAGCAGAACCGAAUGCAAACUGAAUGGACGAACUUCUAAAUCAUUGUUUGGGAGAACUUGCUUUCGACGGAGACCUCGGUUGUAGUGUGUCUCGUCUGAGCACAUUCGUUCGCGGAUUUUAUGAAAGCCACCCAUCUGUUCUUCGUCAGAACGUCGACGAUGCUUUCUGUGCCUUCGUCUGGUCGCUCAUUGUCCAGCAACCCACGGUUAGUGUCGGUCAAAUUCCUGACGGAGUCACCUCGGAGGUUUGGAUUGCUCCCCAGACCAGCGCAAAGAGAAAGGCCAACGCUCGAGGAGAGGUCCACGUCGAGACUCAACCGCGCGAAUUGAAUAUUGUUCCCGACGCAAAAAUACGACCAUUGGAAGAACUACAGGCAGAAUAUGGAGAAAAGUUGCGAAUAGCUUGCAAUAGAGACGCGAUCUACGCUUCGAUCACGGGUUCACAUAUUCGAUUCUCGAAACUCAGUCCCAUGGUCUAUUCUGCCCUUCAAAUCAUUACUCGAGGGCGGGAGGCAGGUGUGACAGUUGUAGAACUUGGCGCUCAGUCAAGCUACGAUCAGAAGACUUGUUUUUAUCUGGUCAAACAACUGCUAGAGCUCAAUCUAGUGAUCAAGAGACGCCGUGGUGGCGUCGGUACACACUAUGUAAUCCACCGAUACAUCUACGACAGAAGUCCGUCUUGGAAAGCAAUACGAGACGAGGAACGAAAAGCAGAGCUUCAGCUAGCGUCUUCUGAAUUCUCGGGUAUCGACGACGAAGAGGAAGAACAACCCGAACCUGUCAUUUCCCCUGACUUUUCUCCACUGGACGCUCGCCAUCUUUCCAGUUUGCCACUGGUCCGGGCGCGUGUUGUAAAGCUUCUAAAAGCUUCCAAAAACUACAUGCACGUAUCGACCAACAUGAUUCUGACUCUAGGAUUCUCCAACCCGACGAAAACCGAUCGCCGGUUUUUUUCGAGUCGAAUACGUGAUCUGGUACGGCAAGGGGUGAUCGAGAAAGUCAUUGUGCCCAGUCAAAAAAAAAGAACUAAUAAAGCGAGUAAUGUGUUGUGUCUGCGUCUGUUGGAUGAGAAUGCUAUGGGUGGAAACGAAGUGGAAGAUUUGAAACAGGUCGACGAGGAUAAGGAAGCAGACACAGAAGAGCUCGUGAAUGCCAGUGGUGUGAAGACGAAUGUGACCAUCCACAGGCAGAUAAUCGAGCUAUUGGAAGAAUCGGGUACGAGGGGACUGACGUUGAACGAGCUAUCUUCUGCACUGGAUAACUUUGACAAGCGGACAAUUGAACUGCUUCUGAAUCGUGCGGAAAAAGUACCCCCACCUUCGCACCUUAGCGACCUUGGUAUCACUGGACUAUUGGAAACAAACGGGAGAGAACGGCGACAUCGUUACUUCACGGUCUCGGCUUACCGAAAUCUUCUGGACAGGGAGAAUCUCGAUAAGUCCACUGCGGGAUUAUCAGAGAUGGAUCUUUCCAAUCGAGGAAAUUUUCUUCCUGUUGAUCCGAGUGCUUUCUACGAGAAUGAAGAGACCGACCACCGUUACUUGGAUGGUUUGCGUGGUGACGAGCCGAUAAAAAACAAAACAACAGCCAAGAGCUGUGAGGAGGUGAUAAAAUCCCAGAAGCGGAAGUUCCAGUACAAGGAUGAUGUCCUCCAAUCUUCUGAAAGUCAUCGACCGACAAAGAAACGCCAGGUUAGCGUUAGCGGAGCUGAAGACGUUAGAUCAGAAACUCAAUAUACAUCCGUGCCGAAGAAACCCGGACGUCUACGAAAUUUCGAUGUCCUGGAGGCCACCGAGUCAGUUAUAGCUCCAGAACCGAGGAAACGCGGUCGGCCAAGAAAGAACGAGACCUCAUCUGCUUCCAUCAAACGCGGAUGUUCCCGGAAGUCUAACACCGCGGCGGUCCUUAACAAAAAUCAGGUUAGGGAUGGGAAUGAAGCGGCAGAGGAAGAAAGGGCACCAGAAGAAGGGAUCGAGCUCAGGCCAUCCGAAAGUGGAGAGACCAACGCCAUCGAAGGUCCACCAAUUGGUGAUACUCCAAACGGAGAGUCGGUCUCUGCUCCAGUUUCCAUGAAGUUCGGACGACCGGGAAAGGACACACGACCAUAUCCAUAUCCCACGCAAGAAAAGGAAGUGUCAGUUUCUAUUGGGCAAUGCUAUUUCCCGAAUACAAAGACGGCCGUGGAUCGUAGUGAAGCAAGAGUUGGGCAUGUGGAUGAAGUAACUGAGGAAGAGGGACGAGAGGAGCCUGUGGAGGAGGUAAUGCCCGUGUUCCCUGAGUGCGGCCAGACAAGUACCGUGGAAAAUAGGUCGCAAAUAGCAACAGAACUGACAAGUGUUCGACGUUCUUCUCAACUUCGUGAACAGGAAGCGGAUGCCAUCGAGUGUUCCCCAAAGGCGGUGGACACCAGUGACGACGGCUUAGAACCGGUGCAAACUCCUACACCAGUUCCCUUUGAGGAAGUGCAGCUUGAAGUUCCGGAUCCUUCUCAGGUCCAGAGUCAACGACUUCCUACACCUACAGUGCAGCUGACAAAGGGAAAAUCCACUUCUGCAAAAGUGAACGUUUCGAGUCUGCGAAGGGAGAACGAACUCUUACGUGUUCUUGAGGUGAUGGGUGGUAUCGCCAACAUCCACGGGAAGGAGCUAUAUGACACCCAUAUGGCACUUGUGGAAAGCCUUGCAAAAGCAAGUGAGACCACUAGCACGCCUGUUGGCGCCAGGAUUGAUAAACGUACUGUCGUCCGAACCUUCAACACUUUAGAAAGCCGGGGGAAAGUCAAGCAACUUACCGCCUCUUUGACAGCCCAGCUCGGCAUGAGUCGUUCGGUCGUCAUCGCUUACCUUCCAAGUUUAGAGGAUUCAAAACUGAAUGGCUUUCUUGCCAGUUUAGGCCGGGUUCCACCUCCGGCGGUGCCGCAAGCCUUUGGAAGAAAGCUCGACCAACCUUUGGAGUACGGUUCGGAGGUAUCGCGUACCUCUAAAGGACCAGCACCUCUUCAGAUCUUAGAAGUCGAAAACCCCAUUGCCGAAAAUGAACGUUGGAGGAAAAACACUGCACGCGCCGACGAGCUUUUCAGCCGCGAUGAGGAUGCUGUUCGGAGUGUACUUCUUGCAGAACGUUCAACUCUCGGUCAACUUUACGGCACCAUUAUUUCCAGGGUUCUGCGGGCCCGAGAACUACAUCUUAUCGUGCUGGGCGCGUGCGAAGGGAAUAAUACCUCACCUCAGAUAGUUUCUCAUGAGAAGAGGAUCAUUCACCUUUCUUUCUUAACUCACGAUCUACCACUAGUGAACUAUAUCAAAGUUGUCCCUCCGAUAGAGCAUUCUGAGGAGGCAUUCGACUUCCUACGAAGCGAAGGCGGCGCUAAUACGAUAGUGCGAGACCUGCCCGCCAAUCUCCUGGCGCAACUACAAAUCGGUAGAUCCAGAGCUCGUUCCCGAAUCUUAGACAGUCUGGAGAUAUUGAGAUCUCUUAACUUAGUUUCGCCUCUAGUCCCCUCGACCUCGCAGUAUGCCUGGACCUGUUCCCCACAAGGCGAUCACCCCGCUACCUUUGAUGUUGUGCCUUUAGAAUCGAAUGCUCUGAGCCCAACGAUGGCACCUGCUUAUUGGGGUUUCAAUGACCUCGGACCGAUUUAUCAUUGGGCAGCAUCGGAAAUCCAGCCGCCUUUCAUAUGCGACGUUCCUAUCAACUCGUUAGCGCAGGGCUGCACUUACUGGUCCUUGUUACGGGAUGCCUCUUCCAAUCCUCACUUAGAGGUCCUCGAUCCUACCCCUCAAAGCUCAACAGGCCGGGUCAACAUGGACGCAAAUGUUGCGAGAUCCCUUCGUCGCCGAGCAUCAUGGGAAUCUGACUAUAUCUUGACAUGGCAUCAAAUACGAUACCUCAAACGAUUCACUGAUGACCUCGACGUACAAGAUGUCGAUGCCAAAAUUAACCGGAUCGCAUGGGUUAUCAGCGCUCCUUCGGAUGUGGUAUCUCGAUACUAUGGUAGCGCUCAAAUGAAGCUAGUUAAACAGCAGGAAAAGACCCGCAAACGAGAAUCCGUAGCACGAAAAGAAAGGAUGGCCCGAGAUGCAAAGGCCUCAUUAGCUAAGAAAGCUGAAGAGGCGAGGAAACAGAGAGAGAUUGAAUGGGAUUUGUUGGUGAAAAGGGUCCAUCCAGAUCCGUUCCAAGAAACUGCCGCCACCCGCAUCAAACGAGUGCGAACACGCUUUCUUCAGUUGACGGCAGGGAAGGAUACACAGAAAUGGGAGAACGAGAUCCUUGCUGCGGUUCAAGAAGCGGAAGUGAUUGCAAAGAAAGUCUUGAAGGGUAAAAUGCCUAUAACUAGGAACCAGAAUAUCCACCCGCCUCAGCCGACCGCUGUUGGUGCUCCACCUGUUGCUACGAAUCCACCCGAGAAGUCUGUCGGGGACCUCAUAGCGGAACAAGGACCUCCACUUCCACGGACCCGUCCCCCACCUAAAAAGCGGAGAAAAACGGACAAAGCUGACACCGAGGAAUCGAUGAGCACUAUCAAAUCACCUACCCGGCGACAUCGUUUCCAAUGGAAUCGGGAUUUUGAAGAGCUCGCUCGCGACGCAUCAGCCAUAAUCAAGGCUAGAUGUAGAGAUGUUUCUCGUCUUGACUGGGGCGCAUAUGAGCAAGUUUUUCCCACUGUCCCCAGAAAUACGGUUCGCCAACGUGUGGCACGUAUCCGCGAAAACCCCGCCAACGAUGCAUACUUGAAUCGUUUGGAAGACCGCUGGUACGAACUAUGGGUGCAACAUCGUGGAACUGUGCAUCUACCCGACAUCGAUCCUACAAGUCCGACAAACUUCAAUCUUAUUGAGCACAUCGAAUUUCUUCGUAAACAUAUCGACAAAAGCGCUCUGCGCGUCGGCUAUGCACAACAACCGAAAGCUGUUCCAGAGGUUUUACUCAAUUCCCUCGAGCUUAUGGAAGAGCAAUACGACGUCAUAGAGACAGGGACCACCGGACCUACAUGGGAAUUCGCUUGGAAUGCUGCCGUAGAGGAAGGACGCGAAAAGCGUAUGCUCACGAAGCCUUUUACCAAGACGCCAGACAUCCUACUGUUUGGUGAGGCGCCGGCAGAGGCCGUAUACGUCGCAGAGUCUGCCUUGAAGAUGGCACUCGGAACACCGGUUGAAUCAUACGAUCCAGAGCGUGCAGCUUUUAUGUUACACAAACUCGGUGAAGACGUGACCUCUGUUGCGACGAAGAAUCUACUCGGGCAGGGUGUGCUCUCAAAGCUUGUUCGAGACCCAUCAAAGGCGAAACCUGGGAGACAACUAAAGAUUUCAGACAUUAAUCAAAAUUCUUUGAACGGGAAUAUUCAAUCUGACGUGUUCCAUGAUGCUGCUUCGCUUAAAGAGCUGUCAGCUCAGCAGGAAGGAGAAUGGCGCGAGUGGCCCUUAUUAGCGACAGACGGUGAUUCUGCAGCUCUUAUUCAGCUCAUCUCAGACGACAAGGUCGACAUCCGAAUCGAUACUUCAGGACCACAGAGAUUCUUUCCUGCCUUUGACUGGAAUAGUAAAAAGGCUGAUGAUGAUCACAUUGAAACCGCGCUGCAUGUUCGCUUCCACGAUCUACAAGAUUCAGCACCUCUUGGAGAAAUGGACGUUGACCAGACUCCUGAAGAAUACAACGCGACGCCCAAUCAUGUUCAUGGAAUGACGACUACGGGUGAGGAAGGGUGUUGUUCCAAGAACGGCGUUCGAGGAAUCGUCAGUUGUGGAUCGUGUUUAGAGGAGUUGUGGACAGCCCGUCAACGUGAGUUUGACCAAAAAGAAUUGCACAUCGCCCAGCUUGUGCUAUGGUUGGUCGACCAGGCAGAAGCGGGAGGAGUCACCAAGGAGGAAUUAGUAAUCAAUAUCAAAACUCCUUUGGACGAGCUGCUCCCCGUCGUCGGCAAGCUUUUAGUGGGGCCACAUCCUGCCAUUUAUUGGGCUGGAUACACGUCGCCAGUUCUUGUCGCUCCAGCGCAUAUGACAAAAUGGACCGUGGUCAUUCAAGAGAACCCAUUGAUGCGCAUGCUUCCCCGACGCUGGAUGUCACCAUGCGGCUUGAAGACCAAGGAAAUCUGGGAAGCGGGAUUGAGGGCAGUCGUUGGAGGUAUUGUGUUCCGUCCAGGGAUUUCAAUGUAUGAACUUCGUUGGCGCCUUCGUUUAGUCUACGACAGGCAAGAGAUUUGCGAUCUCCUCCGUUUCCUUCAAGAUAACGGAACUAUCAAUAAUCGUUUUAUGACCGCUGCGUUUUCAGGAACACUUGAUAGCGUCAUGUUACCGGGGGCCCACGAACUGCAGGAAACACAAGUGUUUUGGUUUUUGGAGAACUCUAAAGAUUGGUUUUUAUUAUAUGCCAAUUGAAGUCGUUUUUACCUACGAGGAGAGGGAGAAGGGAAACAGCAGAUGGAACCCAACCCUUAUUCAUCUGGGGGCCCCCAACUAAAGUUUAUUAUUUAUGAAAAAAGGAUAACAAACACACAUAUCUAGCUUCUCUUUUCAUAAAGUUGAAAUAUAAAUUAAUUUUUUGAAUG